AUGAUACCGUGGUCAUCUUUCGUUCAGAAGGCCCAGAGCCUGAUUGACCCAGCCAACUUCAACAUCCCCACUCUGUCCGCGUCCGACGAUAAUCCCUCCAAAGCAUCGCUGUUCCGCCAGCAAUUCCGCCUCCCUGAUUCUCAGAACCCUCUCCAGGAGAUCACCGCGGACCUCGUUCUCCCCCUCCCCAAUGCACCAGGAAGUCAAGCCGACGGGUCCCGCAAGGCUGAUCGCGCGGGGAACACAUACACCGGACGUCUCCAUUUAAGUGAACGUUUCAUCUGUUUCUCGACCCAGCCAACCAGUUUCCUUCCCUCUGCCACGACGAGUGCUUCAACCACUUGGACCGGUCAGACGCACGGAACCGGCCCCUCAGGCAAUGGCUUCACACUUCCGCUAUCGAGCAUCCGGCGCGUCGAGCGUCUCCACAGCGCGAGCCAUGUAUUUUCAUUGGCCCUCACAACAUGGAAUGGUCUAUUGCACAAGCAGCAAGAGCCCAAUUUGGCUCCCCAGCGCCUCAUUUUGCAGCUUGUCGGUAGCAGACAGGCUUGCGAGCGAUUUUGCGACACUCUCAAGAAAGGCCUGCGGGAAGGCAUGAAGGAAGUCGAAAACUUGCGCACGGUCGUUACAAAUUUGUACUCGGAAUAUUUGCUUUCAGGCGCCAAAGGCAAGGGAUUGGAAGGGGUUGAGGCUGACGGACGUCAACCCCCGGAUGCAGGUCUGGGCCUUAUCUUCCGCUACCCCGGAGAUGCGCGUAAACUUCGCGAUCGCAGCAAGAUGAGAUUGUGGGGUGAAUACUUCAGAGAAAACGGCCGCAAUGCCACACUGGUUCGUCAGCCAACCUUCCACAAGCUGAUUAGAGUUGGUCUACCCAAUCGACUGCGAGGAGAAAUUUGGGAACUUAGCUCUGGAUCUCUAUUCCUUCGUCUAAGAGCCCCUCAGCUGUAUGAACAAACUUUGGCGAAAUUCGAGGGACAAGAAUCUCUAGCCAUUGAUGAGAUUGAAAAGGACUUGAAUCGCAGUCUACCGGAAUACCCAGGAUUCCAAAGCGAGGAGGGAAUUGGGCGUCUACGACGAGUUCUCACGGCUUACAGUUGGAUUGACCCGGAGAUCGGGUACUGUCAGGCUAUGAAUAUUGUGGUUGCCGCAUUGUUAAUGUAUGCAUGCCCGAAAAGACCCUGCAUCUGCAUAAAUACUAACUCUACCAGAUAUAUGUCGGAGGCCCAGGCCUUCUCUAUCCUCUCUGUAUUAUGUGAUCGCCUCCUGCCUGGCUACUAUUCGACGACAAUGUACGGCACCCUGCUCGACCAGAAAGUGUUCGAGUCGUUGGUCGAGAAAACGAUGCCCGUUCUCUGGGAUCACCUCACCAAAUCAGAUGUCCAGCUUUCUGUGGUGUCGUUGCCGUGGUUCCUUUCCCUCUAUAUCAACUCCAUGCCACUGGUGUUUGCAUUCCGUGUGCUGGAUGUUUUCUUCCUGGAAGGUCCUAAGGUGCUUUUCCAGGUUGGCCUUGCUAUUCUUCGAGUCAACGGUGAAGAACUUUUGGAGACACAAGAUGACGGAUCUUUCAUCUCCGUUUUGAAAUCAUAUUUCUCAACAUUGGACGAAUCCGCCCACCCCAGAUCCGAAAACCCAAAGCUGCGAGCUAUCACCAGAUUCCAAGAGUUGAUGGUUGUUGCCUUCAAGGAAUUCUCGGGUAUCACCCAUAGCACCAUCACAGAAACGCGCGAAAAGCACAAGGGUGCUGUCUUGGAGAACAUUGAGACUUUCGCAAAGCGUACUUCUAUCCGCAACCUUGGCCCUGAAAGCAAGCGUCUGAGCGUGGAUGAUCUCGGAACCAUUUAUGACCGAUUCUACGAAACCCUAUACCAAUGGCAACAGCACCAGAGAGUCCUCGAAGAAGAGAAAAGACUUCGAGAGAAGAAAAAAUCUCAACGACUUUCUAUUCUCGCUCCACCUGCAGACAGGCAAGUUGGCCGCGUGGGUCUUGGACCAAGCCCUACGCACAUGGAUUACGACGCGUUCAGGGAGUUCUUAGCUGCCACUUCCAAAUGGGCAGUUGCGGAUUCACCUGGGCCAUCCCGGAAGGGAUCAGCUGGUCAAUCGGCCCUGUGGGCAAACCGUCGUCAACCAGCUGACCAUGAGUUCAUGCAACGCCUCUAUCGCAAGUGGUCCAAGAAUCCCGAAGAAGGGCUCAAUCUCCAAUGCGUGGUGAAUGGACUAGCCCGUCUCAAGGGCUCGCCCGAUAUCAUGAACAACAUUAACUAUUUCUUUGAUCUAUAUGAUGAUUCUGGAAAUGGGCAGGUGGACCGUGAAGGGAUUCUCAAAAUUUCAGAGGCUCUUUUGUUCCUUUCCAGACGAGGAUUCGAGGGCACAAUCACAGCCACUCCGUCAGUGGAAAACUUGAACACUCCUGCUGAUCGUGAUAAUGGCGAGAACUCACUUACCACGGAUGAGAAGUUCCUAGGCAGUGUCAGUGCAUUCAUUCGUCGGUGCUUCGAAUAUGCCGACCCCAGCCACCCGGAGAACCUAAAGGCCAACCCACCAGAUGCAACGGAAGAAGCAACCGCACAGCUAGAUGCAUUCGCCAUCGGCGACGACGACGAAGAAGAAGAUCUCAUUGACAUUGAAGAUUCCAAACCCAAGGAGUCAACAACACCCCAACCCGAAUCAGACACCCAAGACCACAACCCUUCGACAUCCGAAUCUGCAAACCCAGCCUUGGACCCCAACAACCCCCUCCACAUCACCCUCCCCACCUUCCGAAUGGUCGUCCUAGCAGACGAACUCCUCGAACAAUUCUUCGAAUCCUAUUUCCCACAAUCCUUCCACCUAUCAGACCACCCACACCCAGCAGCCCUAGCCGCCUCCUCAACCAUGUCCUCAAACCUCACCACCUUUUCAAACAUAGGCAGCAUCCGCUCCAGCUCAACCGCCUCAGCCCCAGUAGCAGGCGCUUCAGGAGGCAUAGUCCCACCAGGCAAAGGCCUCCGCGGUGUCCUCGACAACAUCGUCACAGACGGAAUCCGCAUGGCAGCAGAAGUCAAGAAGCGAAUGGACGAGGCCCAACGUGAUCUGGAACGUAACGCCCUCGGUAACCGCGAUGACGAAGACGACGAAGAAGACGAAGACGAGUACCGUCGUGAAUCAAACGUCAUGGCAGGUGGUAUCUCCAGCUGGGGCGCUGGCGCCUACAGUGCCGAUACUGAGCGCAGGAGUGUUGUCCGUGAUGCGGAUCGGGAUCUGCUUGAAGGCGCUGAGGUCCUUGGUGGUGGCAAGGAAGAAAGAACUUCACUACUGGAUGGCAAGGAUGAUACUCCUCGGAAGCCUUCUGGUUCACAGUCUCGUGAUGGAGAUGUCAUCUCUAAAGUCGUGGAGUUUGAAUCAUGA